AUGGGUGAUCCCUUCGAAUACCUGGACCCCUUCGAUGUCACCGCAAAGCUGCCGGCCAAUUUUUAUGAAGAAGAAGGGGGGACGGCUAGCAAGAAAUGGCAAGAGCGCAAGGACGCCGUUGAGGCGCUCCUGAAGCUGGUCAACGACAACCCAAGGCUCGACCCGAAGGGCAACUAUGGCGAGCUGAUCAGCACGCUGAAUCGACUCGUUGGCAAGGACGCGAACAUCAACGUGAACGCCGUCGCCGCCAAGUGCAUAGCUGCCGUGGCCUAUGGUCUGCGCGCUAAAUUCGCCCCACAUGCCUCGACGCUCUUCCCGACCGUGAUCGAGAAGCUCAAGGAAAAGAAGCCGCUGCUUCGCGAUCCCGUGGUCGAUUGCCUGGAUAAGAUGGCCGCCACGACAAGCCUCGACUCGCUGCAAGAAUUCAUCAUCAGUGGCCUGCAAAACAAGAACCCGCAGAUCAAGGCACAGACGUCUGCCCUGCUCUAUCGCUGCUUCAAGACGUACAACGACAAGACGGGCAAGGCUACUUUGAAAGCUGUGGCGCCGAUUCUUAUUAAGAAUUCCACGGAUGCCGAUCUCGAGGUGCGCUCCGCGUCGCUGGAAGCCCUCGGCUCGAUGAUUCGCGCAACGGGCCCGGCCGGCAACGGACUGAUCAAGGACCUCGCCGAUGACAAGACAAGGAUGGACAAGAUCAACGCAGCCCUGGAGCAGGCCAAAGCCGAGGUGGCCGCCGAACAACAAGCAGCUGCGCCAGCCCAUGCUGCCCCCAGCGCCCAAGCCGAUACGGCCCCUCAAGAAGUGGCCCCGUCCACAGCCGCUGUUCCAGCUUCUGUUGCACCUGCCGCUGAAGUGGAUCCGUUCGAGUUUUUGGAUCCGGUCGACGUCGUCGCCAAGCUGCCCGCCAAUUUCUACGAAGAAGAAGGAGGGACGGCCAGCAAGAAAUGGCAGGAACGCAAAGAAGCAUUGGAAGCCCUGGAUCAGCUCAUCCGCGACAAUCCGAAGCUGUCGUCCAAGGCCAACUACGGAGAGCUGAUUGGGACCCUUUCUAAAAUCCUCGCCAAAGAUGCCAACAUCAACGUGGCCGGACUGGCGGCAAAGUGCCUGGGCGGAAUCGCUUACGGUCUCCGCAAGAAGUUCACCUCGCACGUCCCCUCGGUGCUGCCCGCUAUCAUCGACAAGUUCAAGGAGAAGAAGCCGCAAUUGAGGGAGCCGCUUAUCGAAUGCAUCGACAGGGUUGGCGCCCAGGCCGAUCUCGAACAAAUGGAGGAGGCGCUCGUCGGUGGCUUGGAGAACAAGAACCCGCAAAUCAAGGCGCAGACGGACCUCUUCCUCGAGCGCAUGCUUCGCAAAUGCAACGCCAAGACGAUGCCGAAGAAGAUCAAGGCCUUCUGCGUGCAUUUUGUCAAGCACACUGGCGAGUCCGAUGCAGAAGUGCGCGAGGCGGCCUACAACACGCUGGGUGCUCUGCAGCGAAUUGUCGGCGAGAAGGUGGUGGCCAACUGGUGCGCGGCGAUUGCCGAGGACAAGAUGAAGAUGACGAAGAUCACCGAGGCCUGCCAGAAGCUCAUCGGGGAAAUCGGUGGUGCAGCCGCCGCUCCCGCUGUUCCUCCUCCAGCUGCGGCUCCACCGGCAGCUGCUCCACCUGCCAAGAAGCCCGAGGCCAAGAAACCGGCCCCUCCGGCUGCAAAAGCCGCCACAUCACGCCCAGGCUCUCGAGAAAAUUCGCGUCCAGCCUCCCCGGUGGAAGAGCCGAAGAAGCCGGCCAAGGAAUCGGCCCCGUCCGAGCUACUCAAGGCUAAUGGUGACAAGAAGCAGCGCCUGAAGGACGAGGCCGGCCUCAAAAUCUUGAAGUGGAACUUCGCCACCCCGACCGACGAACAUUUGGAGCAGCUGAGCACGCUUCUCGGCCAAUACGCCCUGGCGACGCUGCAGGGAUGGCUCUUCUCGAAGGAUUUCAAGUCUCAUAUCAAGGCUUGUGAAGAGUUGCUCAAGUUGGCCGAUCGCGACCCGGAGGCCCUGGUCACGAACUCGGAUCUUCUACUGAAGUGGUGCACGCUGCGAUUCUUCGAGACCAACCCGAGUGCCCUCAUCAAGGUUCUCGAGCUGGCCCUCCGUGUUGUCAACGAGUGCGAGCGCGCGGAGAACGCCGUCUUUACCAACACCGAAGUCAACGCUUUCCUCCCUUACCUGCUCAACAAACUCGGCGACCCGAAAGAUCACAUCCGCAACAUCAUUCGCGAAAUUAUCGACUCUAUGACGGCGAUGUGCGGCCCUGUCAAGAUGACCGCAGCUCUACUGGAGGGACUAAAGGCCAAAAACGCACGCCAACGAACAGAGAUUCUUCGCGUACUUUCCGAAUACAUCGAUGGUGGUGCGCUGACGGAGUUGAAGCCGCUCGGCAUUAUGAAGAUCAUCGCUCCAUGUGUUGCCGACGCUGACAAGAAUGUGCGCGAAGCGGCGAUCGUCGGGAUGGUGGCGGCUUAUCGAUGUGAAGGUGAUGCAGCGUUCAAAUCCGCCGGCAAGAUCGCCGACAAGGAGAUGGCCAUGCUACAAGAACGGAUCAAGCGGAUGAAGAUCGUGCCCGGACAAGCGGCGCCAAGGGCUGCACCCCCAGCCGGCGGCGGCCCGAAAAUCAUGAAGGCCGAGCCGACGGUCAGAGGAGGAGUGGCCGUCGCGCCAGCGACACCCUCAGGACCCGCCCGCGAUAUCGACAUCGAGCAGACCAUGCGCACCCACGCCAGGCCUGUGCGGCAGUCUAAUCGUUUCGAGCUGGAUAAGAUGGUCUACGAGGAUCCCUUCCAAGCGGCUCGCGACGAACGGCUGAACAGAAUCACCGACGCGACCCAAUCCAUUGACGAGCUCGAGCGCGCUUUCCAGAGGCCCCACGAGAGCAGCUUUACGAUGAAAAGAACACCAUCGCAAUCGUCGAUCGCCUCAACCGUGGAAACCCUGGAGCAGCUCGACAAGACGAUCAACGACGUCGGCAGCAAUAACUACAACAUCGCCUCUGAUGCCAUCGGACAGCUUGCUUUCGUCGCCCAAUCGCCUGAACAGUUGCCGCUCCUGAACGAACGCGUCGACACGCUUCUCCAGAUGUGCUCGCUGCAGAUCGAAUCGUCGCUGGCCACUGCCCGCUACGGCUCGGUGCCCCGAGCACUCGGCUUGAUCAACGACAUCUUUGACCUGAUACAAAAGAUUUACAUGAUCGAGGAGUGCCCGGCCCUGACGCAGCUCUCAGCCGCCGUCUGCGAGUCUCUCCUGAAGCAGCUAAUCAUGACGGUCACCUCUCCAAUUCUGGCUCAAUCUGACGAUUUUGUGACGGUGGGUCGUAUCGCCAACGUGAUCGUCAUCAAGCUCGUCAACUUCUGCAAGCCGUCCGCCCUAUUUGAGGCGACGACGAACAACAUGAUGAGCAUUGGCCCGAACACCGACGCCUGGGUGAUGUUGCUCCGAAUUCUCCAGCGGUCCACCAAGAAUUGCGAUGGGAUCAAGUACGUGGCCCGCUUCGAUCUGCGGCAAUAUUUCAUCGCGCUCAGUCAGUUCUUCACGUACCUGGAGAAACACACGGGCGGCACCAAGACGGAGACGAUCAACGAGACCAGCGAUCACUUGAGCACGAUGCUACAGCGAGUGGUCAACGUCUUCCGGGAAGAGACCCUCGACACGCUUCGCCGUAUCCCGAGGCCGAACCCCAAGAUCUCGACACUGGUCCACAACUUCAUGGCGCAGCUGAAGGACACGGCGAAGCCCGAUCUGCCGCAGUUGCCCGGACAAGUCGAUCAAGGGCCCAGCGACUUUUCGAUGGAGAAAUUCUGGUCGCUGUUGCACCAGGUUGCCGUGGACUUUAGCAAGCUCCCGUACACGCUGCCCCCGCUCGCCACCUACUACAAGCAAAACGCGGGCCACCACCGACAAAUGGAGGACAAGCUGCAACAAUACUACAACGGGCCCUACCUCUCCAAGCUCGUCCACCAAUACAUUGAACAUGGCGACCGGAUGACGUGGCCGUCCGAGAAAUGCCUCAUCCAAGUGAACGACUCGCUGGAAGCCAUGCUGAAGACGUUCGGCGAAACGGUUUGGGGCGAGCGCAAGAACCCACUGCGACGACGGCCUGAAGGGCAAAUUGCCGCCCCACCACAGGAACUCGAGAUGUCCAUGAGGGAACUUCCGCAAGUCAACAAGGAAAACGGGCCGGCACCUUCAAGCGCUCGUCGAACGGAGGUUGUGAAGAAGCCCCGGCGUUCCGUGAUGCAGCAGCAGGAGCUCGACAACCUGCGCGCUCGUCUCAACGCCGUCGGCCAAAAC